UGUCAACCUAAUGUCUUAUGAUUAUCGUGGAUAUUGGGAUGCAUCUAAGACUGGUGCACAUGCUUUGCUUUAUGACCCUUCAAGUCAAAUUAGUACUAGUGCUGGAAUUCAGGCAUGGAUAAACGCCGGUUUGCCCGCAAACAAAUUAAUUAUGGGAUUACCGAUGUACGGUCGAACAUGGAAGUUGAGGGAUGCAAAUGUGAAUGGAAUUGGGGCACCUGCAGUCGGAGUUGGUCCAGGAGGAGGAGUUCUAACUUAUGCAGAUGUGGUAGAUUUUAAUGGAGUUGGUGGAACUCGAGUGGUGUAUGAUGCGAGGACAGUAUCUAUGUAUUCUUACCGCGGAACUGAUUGGAUUGGAUAUGAUAGUCCUACAACUAUUGCUGUGAAGGUUAAAUAUGCUCGAGAUAAUAGACUUGGUGGGUAUUUCUUCCGGCGAAUUGGCCAAGAAAAGAAUUGGGAACUCACCACUCAAGCUUUAAGGUCAUGGGCGAGGUAGACAUAAUGCACAGGACAUACAACACUGUCCUCACGCUUGCACAUUUAAUUGAAAUAAGCAAAUUAUUACACU